GCGAGGAGAAAGAAACAAAAGGAUUAAAACCAAAACGAGAAUUUUGUUUUUUUGUUUUUACUUGCGAUUUUGUUCGGAGGAAGAAGAAGAAGGAAAGAGAGGAGGAGAUGGGAGAACGAAAGGUGCUUAACAAGUACUACCCUCCGGACUUCGAUCCGUCGAAGCUUCCACGGCUCAGGCGACCGAAGAACCAGCAGAUCAAGGUGCGUAUGAUGCUUCCCAUGAGCGUCCGAUGCAGUACCUGCGGGAAUUAUAUCUACAAGGGAACCAAGUUCAAUUCCCGUAAAGAAGACGUCAUUGGCGAGACAUAUCUGGGGAUUCAAAUCUUUAGAUUCUACUUCAAGUGCACCAAGUGCUCUGCGGAGCUGACAAUGAAGACGGAUCCACAGAACUCUGAUUAUAUUGUGGAAUCUGGGGCAAGUCGUAAUUACGAACCCUGGCGUGCUGAAGACGAGGAGGUUGAUAAGGAACAACAGAAAAGAGAUGCCGAGGAGAUGGGGGACGCUAUGAAGUCUUUGGAGAACCGAACUUUGGAUUCCAAAAGGGAAAUGGACAUUAUAGCCGCUCUUGAUGAAAUGAAAUCAAUGAAGUCUAGACACGCUACUGUGAGCGUAGAUGCGAUGCUGGAGGCCUUGCAAAGAACUGGCGCUGAGAAGGUCAAACGAAUAGAAGAAGAAGAUGAAGCAGUUAUUAAGUCGAUAUUUGGUAAACAGAAAGAAGUUGUUAGGAGAAUUGUAGAUGAAGACGAUGAAGAUGACGAUGAUGAUGAUGAUGAUGAUUAUCCCAGCUUUCAGAAGGAGAAGAAAGAAGGAUCAUCAUCUUCAGAUCUUUCAAAGAAGAGAAAGGCAUCAGAAGAAAGUCUAAGCAACCCCACAGAUAUUUUGACUAAUUCAUCUGCAGAUAACCCGAAGCAGCCCAAAAAGCAAGCUACCAGCAAGCAACCCUUCAAAUCCAUUCACAUAACAGUCAUCAAGAAGCAAUCUCAACCAACAACUUCUUCUACGACUCCAGCUCCUGCAAAACCAGAGGAGAAGAAGAGUGACGUUGUGGCUAACGCCGGGUUGGCAUCUUUGUUCCAGAACUAUGGCAGUGAUGAUGAAGACGAGGAUUGAUUUGUUUUUUUUUGGGGGUUCUCAACAGGUUUCGCACUCUUUAAUAGUUCCUAUAUCAGUGUUUCAGAAUUGAAGACAUCCAUGUACUGUUCAUAAAAUGAGAUUUUUUUUUCAGAAAA